CAAAAUUCUGUGGACUACGACUCCCACUGUGCUUCACGCCUGGCGUAGGGAAAAGGAACUGGAAACUGGAUGGGGAGCUAGACCAGGUGAUGGGGCAUGGCUGUGCCUCAAGCUUUUCCAGUGGGGGCCCUUCCUGAGCCUGAAGGUACUCUGGUGGAAGCCCAGCCCUGCGCUCGAAACUUGGCUGAGGGCUUCCUAGAGGAAGAGCUUCGGCUCAACAUGGAGCUGAGCCAGCUGCAGUUUUCAGAGCCUGUGGGCCUCAUCUACAAUCCUGUGGAGUAUGCGUGGGAGCCACAUCGAAGCUACGUGACUCGUUACUGCCAGGGUCCCAAGGAAGUGCUUUUCCUAGGCAUGAACCCAGGACCUUUUGGCAUGGCCCAGACUGGGGUGCCCUUUGGGGAAGUAAGUGCAGUCCGAGACUGGCUGGGCGUUGGGGGACCUGUGCUGACCCCUGCCCAAGAGCACCCAAAGCGACCAGUGCUGGGACUGGAGUGCCCACAGUCGGAGGUGAGCGGUGCCCGAUUCUGGGGCUUUUUCCAGAACCUCUGUGGACAGCCAGAGGUCUUCUUCCGUCACUGCUUUGUCCACAAUCUUUGUCCUCUGCUCUUCCUGGCACCCAGCGGACGAAACCUCACCCCUGCUGAGCUGCCUGCUAAGCAGCGAGAACAGCUUCUGGGGAUCUGUGAUGCAGCCCUCUGCCGGCAGGUGCAGCUGCUGGGGGUGCGGCUAGUGGUGGGAGUGGGGCGACUGGCAGAGCAGCGAGCGCGACGGGCUCUGGCUGGUCUGACGCCAGAGGUCCAGGUGGAGGGGCUUUUGCAUCCCUCUCCCCGAAACCCACAGGCCAACAAGGGCUGGGAGGCAGUGGCCAAAGAAAGACUUAGUGAGUUGGGGCUUCUGCCUCUGCUGACAAAGUGAAAGCUGCGGACUUGGUAUAGCACACAUUCGAGAGCCCCAGGUCACCCUUGCAGGAGCGGAUGACUGCACAUCUCCUGCAGUGGACCAGCGGGAUCUUCCUGGGCUCUCUGAUGCCAGCAGGCAUGUUCUUUGUUGAUGCAUCCUUUGCCCUGACCCAAGGCAGUGUCUGAUUGCCUGGGUGAGUAGUGACACUGCUUCCAUUGGCCCCGCUGCUCCCUGCAGCUUCUUUGAGCACUGGCCCUUUCCUGUCAUGGGGUCUGACUCCACAGAGAAUCAGCACAGGUGGGCUUUUUGCAGGCUGCUCUACCUCAUUAUGUCCUUGCAAGUGUCUGUGCAGCUGAGAAUGUCCUCAUGGACACUUCUGAGGUCACGUUUCCUGUUUCAGAGCAGAGUUUUUUAUUUUACAUUUUUAUUGGCCUUUAUUAAGUGCACAUAUUAAUGGGGUUCAGUGUGCACUUCUCCAGCCUUCUUACACAGCCUCCUCCCUUUACUGUCUUCCUGACCAGAGGCUAACUCUCUGGGAUUCCUGCUCAUCCUUGUGCCAGCUGACCCUUCUCACAAGGACCAGGGCAGAGCAUGGGACAUGAGGUUAAUAAUGAACUUCCUGUAGGAGGCGGAAGCUGUAACAAAAUUCAGUGUGGUAGAGUAGGAAAAGUCAGAAGACU